CACCAAGAUAUCUGAUAACCUAUAACAAUAUCCUGAGAUCCUGGCAAAGAUGAAUUUUAAGUACAUAGUUGCAGUGUCCAUUUUAAUAGCAUCUGUAUAUGCACGAAGUGAAGAGAAAGAAGAAUCACUGAGGGAAAUCAGAGGUAUAGGAGCAGCCAUCCUAAGUGCUGGUAAAGCAGGUUUAAAAGGCUUGGCUAAGGGAUUGGCUGAGCAUUUUGGGAAGAGAACAGCUGAAGAUCAUGAAGUGAUGAAAAGACUGGAAGCCGCAAUACAGUCUCUGAGUCAGAGGGAUGUUUUAGAAGAAGAAUCACUGAGGGAAAUCAGAAGUAUAGGAGGAGCCAUCCUAAGUGCUGGUAAAUCAGCUUUAAAAGGCUUGGCUAAAGGAUUGGCUGAGCAUUUUGCGAAUGGGAAGAGAACAGCUGAAGAUCAUGAAAUGAUGAAAAGACUGGAAGCCGCAGUGCGUGAUCUAGAUUCCUUGGAACAUCCAGAGGAAGCUUCUGAAAAGGAAACCAGAGGCUUCAAUCAAGAGGAAAAAGAGAAACGCAUUAUAGGGCCAGUAUUAGGUUUGGUUGGUAGUGCACUUGGAGGUUUACUUAAAAAGAUUGGAUAAUUAAAGACAGAAAAACUUUGCUUUCAUGAAUAUUUGUAAAAUGAAGCCAAUCAGAUAACAUAUAAUAAAGCAUAAAUAAAGCACAAAAAAGAUAUUUAAACAAACUGCAUGUUCUCUACUCUGCUAUUAAAUAAAAAUCAUAUGAGCAAAA